AUGUCUAUACCAGGCGAUAGGCAACACUUUUGGAAAGUGAAGCAAUGGAGCUGGAUGCCGGGUGUCAAGAGGAAUCUCAUCUACGCCCCAUUAUGGAAUAAACGCCACAACCGAGAAAUCCGACUCUCGAGCGCCAUGAACAUGGGUACUCUACCCUCGAGGCUUCACAGCGUCCUUCUCCUCCUUUAUCUUGUCAGCAACUUAGCGUACAUGUUCGCCCUCAACUGGGGCAACGAGAACAAGUACUCCUUCUUGGCCGAACUUCGCGGACGGUCGGGCACCCUUGCUAUGGUCAACAUGGUCCCGCUCAUCAUCCUCGCCGGCCGCAACAACCCGCUUAUCGGCCUCCUACAAGUCAGCUUCGACACUUACAACCUCCUUCACCGAUGGAUGGGCCGUGUCGUGGUCCUUGAGGUGCUCCUUCACAUGAUCGCGUGGGCCGUCGUCCAAGUAGCCGACAAUGGCUGGGCGGGCGUCAAAGAGAAGACGUUCAAUGACCGCUUCAUCGGCUCCGGAAUGGCCGGUACAGCCACAUUGGUCGCCAUUCUGAUCCUGUCUCUGUCUCCUAUACGUCACGCCUUUUACGAGACCUUCCUCAACACGCACAUCAUCCUCGCCUUUGUCUCCUUCGCCGCGACGUGGGUCCACUGCGUCACCGCGACCGUCCCGGGCGGACUCCCCCAGCUCCCCUGGAUCAUCGGCAUCUUCUGCGUCUGGAUCGCCGAGCGGCUGGCGCGCAUGUUCCGCCUCGCCUACUGCAACUGGUCACGCGCGCGCGGAACCACCACCGCCUUCGUCGAGCCCAUGCCCGGCGAGACCUGCCGCGUGACCCUCAGCCUCCCGCGCUACGUCGACGUCCAACCGGGCACCCACGCCUACCUCCGCUUCAGCGGCGUCCGCUCGUGGGAGAACCACCCGUUCUCCAUCGCCUGGGUCGAGCACACCACCGAGGACGAGCUGCUGCCCAUCACCGAAAAGGACAUCGGCGCGGCCUCAAGUUCCUCCUCCCGCCUCAGCGUCAAGAAACCCGUCGCCACCUCCAUUUCCUUCGUCAUCGGCGCCCAGUCGGGCUUCACCCGCCAGCUGUACAACCGCGCUGUAGCCGGCACCGCCGACCGACGACGACCCGGUAUCACGAUCCGCGCCGCGUUCGAGGGCCCUUAUGCGGGCCACCACUCGCUCGACAGCUACGGCACGGCCGUCCUCUUCUGCGGCGCCACGGGCAUCACGCACCAGCUCUCGUACCUGCGCCACCUGGUCGAGGGCUACGCCGACGGCACCGUGGCCACGCGGCGCGUGGUGCUGAUCUGGGUCGUGCGCGACUUCGAGUCGCUCGAGUGGAUCAGGCCGUGGAUGGACGCCGUGUUGAAGCUGCCGAGGAGAAAAGAGAUCUUGCACAUCAAGCUUUUCGUGACGAGGCCCAAGAACCCGAGGGAGAUGGCGAGCGCGUCAAGAUCAGUGCAGAUGUUCCCCGGACGGCCGAACAUACCGAUGUUGUUGGCUAAGGAGGUGCAUGAGCAGGAGGGGGCCAUGUGCGUGACGGUGUGCGGACCGGGAGGGUUGGCGGAUGAUGUGAGGCAUGCGGUGAGGAGUUGUCAGAGAGAGAGGGGGACGGUGAUUGAUUUUGUGGAGGAGAGUUUUACUUGGUAA